AUGUCAGAUAAACUUUUAGCUUUACGACACAAAAAGGCCUUAGAACUACUGCAAAUGCCAGGAACGAAAGAGCAUUUGGAGGAGUUGGCCAGAAAAUCUAUUAAUAUAACUGCACUAAAAAAUAUAACUGAGUAUAAGGAAAUCGAAGUUCGUAAAAAUGGCGUUAACUUUGAAUCAGUUGGAGAAGUUAUUAGAACAAAAUCAGCUGGAGCCGGAGGACGUAAUUUUGCCAAUGGAGAAGAACGAAGGUCUGGAAAUAUGUUUAGGAUUUACGCCAACAAGGAUGAUAAAACCGGGAAGGCUAGCUCGUCUCAUACUCCCAGAGCCAGAGAACAACCCCUUUUAACCAAAUAUAAGAACGAUAAAGAAAAUGAACUAUAUUUGCGUCCAACGCCACUUAUUCAAGUUGGAGAUCUUAUACAUAAAGAAGAAUCUUUAUAG